GCGCUGUAAACCUGCUGGGGUUAGAGCAGGAUGGACAUGUCGAAAAUCGAUCCAUCAAAUUCCACACGUCAAUCGAAUAACACAUCGCCAAAUGCACGAUGGCAGAGGCCGUGGACAAGACCCUCCAACAGCUGACUUGACCUGGCCUGACUGCUAAUCCCGAGAGCGAAGCGACGUCCUACCCCCAAGCUCCCUACCUAGUGCGGGCUUGAACUCAACAUCCUUGACACUCAAACCCCAACAUCCCGGGACAGCUGCUACUUCCCCCCCACCCAGCAAGCAUGUCCUGCGCAGCCUCCUCCUCCCACUCGCAGCUGCCCGGGCUGGCGACGGACAAGUACUCGUCGAGCGUCAUCGUGUCGACGAGCGUCGUCGCCCUCAUCUCGGGCUUCCUGCUGGGCAUCUACUCGAUCCGCGGCUACCUCAUCUCGCCCGCCCUGGUCGAGGAGCGCCGCCGGUUCGCCCAGGACCCCGUCGAGAGCGACGAGUCCGACAUCGACGAGGACGACACAAUCCUCGACCACGCCCCAAACUGGUCCAACGGCGUCGACGCCGACCGCAGGGACGGCCUGCGCGCCACCGCCGCCGGCAGCAAGAAGGCAAAGGCCAAGAAGGGCGCCCCGGCGGCCGCCGCCGUGGAGGACUCGAACGAGGAGUGCAAGCUUGUGCUCGUGGUGCGGACGGAUCUGGGCAUGACCAAAGGCAAGAUCGCGGCGCAGUGCGGACACGCCACGCUCGCCUGCUACAAGGCGCUAUCCAAGGCCGCACAGCGGACGCCUGGCGGCGCUGAGGCCAAGGUGCUGCACCGGUGGGAGAGGCAGGGCCAGGCCAAGAUCGCGGUGCAGACCAAGAGCCAGGACGAGGUUCUGACGCUGAUGGGCCAGGCGAGGAGCCUGGGCAUCACGGCCGAGGUCAUCCAGGACGCCGGCCGCACCCAGAUCGAGGCCGGCAGCAUGACGGUCCUGGGCGUCGGCCCCGCGCCCAAGAGCCUGGUCGACAAGGUCACCGGGCACCUCAAGCUGCUAUAGACAAAAAGAAGGGGGCAUGCCGGUCGGACGGGGAUAGACGAACAACGCCAGACACAAAGGGAUGUGCAGCUGGCGAUGCUGAUGAACAAACCAUCACGAAACAAUUUGGACUGGGAACCCGGCUGGGUUGGUACAGGGAAGCGGGCACAUCAUGAUGACGUCUCGAGCUGGACUCAAUACCCAGCGCAAGGCUCCGGGCUCUGUGCCCGGCGAGCUGCUCUGGGGGCGAGUGGCAGCAUGGACGGGUCGGCGUGUGCCCAGCCCGCCUUGCUUUUUGAUGCUGCGCGCGCGUGCGCUGGGCGGAGCAAAUCGCUGACGCCAUUGCAGAGCAUAGCCAUGGCGUUGGAAGGGAAAACCGAAAAACAAACGGUCAUAGAGUCACAUAGAAAUGGGAUAGGUAUAAACGGACGAAGGAACCUAGAUCACGGUCACUGGUCGGCACACUAGGAAGCAGAUGCGGUCUUCCCAGAUGAGUCCUGUGCAAGUGAAUAUAGUAGCUUCCGGCACAACAAAACAGGGUAGCAUGGCCAUUAGUUGGAGAGCAUUGGUGGCAUUGGGUAUCUUCGUGGUAAUGCAUGCCCUCAUCCAAAAAAAUCUCCAGCCCCUCAUUCUUUUCGAGCGAAGCGAGCGAGCGCAGGCC